CGAACGGUCUCUUCGCGUGAGAUGGUGGAGAGAAGGAUGAAGCGCACAUUCAUUGUGAGAAGCGGUCACGUCUCGAUCGUGCUUGCGCUCGUGUAUCCAGGGGUCGGAGUGGGAGUGAGAAAGCCAAAUCUCGCUACGAUGUCAUCACUUCGUCUCAACUACCUCAGUGGCGUCGCCAUAUCCAGCAGCACGAGCCACGCUGGCCUCAGUCGUCUUGCCCAUUCCCUCCUCGCCACCGCCACCGUCAAUCUCUCGCUUCUUCUGUGCGUCUCACAAGGUCAGCCAACUGGCUCUGGCAAACUUCUCCAAUAGGACAGGCAAGCACGCUUCACCUCUUCAGGAGGGCAACAUCCCUGCGGACAAGCUUCUCCACAGACUGGUCCAGGAUCCGUGCGUUUGCUGAUAUUUCGGACGAUGCCGGCUUGCUAACGAAGAGCAAAUUGUCAGACAUGAUGCGGAGCUGGCAGGGGUUGUGUUGCGUUGAGUGUGCAGUCCUUACCGCGAUAGUGUCCUUUUCCACAAGGUGCCCACCAGCCUAUG